AUGAAUAUUGUCACUGAUUAUUAUAAUGAUUUGAACACCUAUAAAAAUAAAAAUUUAUCCCUUGAGAAGUCUUUAACAUUCCAUAAGGAGAAAUUAUUGGAGGACGCGAACAUAGACCUGAAUGAUGGAGAAACCUUGGUUCAAAAUAAUGAAGAACUAAAAUCUCGUUCAAGAAUCGUACUUCAAAUUGCAGAGCAGCAAAAUAAACUUACAAGCGAUAUUUUCAUACUCACGAAAGAUGUACUAAGAAAGGAAAUAUUGCUUUAUAGAGACAAGAUCUCCAUCUUUAAUCAUAUAAUGGUAGAUUUUAAGAAGGAGGAUCAAGAAUAUAUUUUAAAAUUAGAGAAAAUUUUAAAUGAUGUCAAAAUAACAGUUGUAGAAUUUGAACUAUUAUUAAGAAUGAAAAUGUCAGGUAAUAACGAAUUUCAUCAAGGUGAUGUGCAAACGCUGGAUCAAGCAAGAAGAUAUCUUGAAACAUCUUUUCCAAACGAAUUAGAAGUUUUCAGAAUUCCGUUACGAAAGCUUCUCGAUGCAUUAAAAGUUUGGUUAUAA